GAAAGAAAGACAGAAUGUAUAUCCCCAUCUUUGUCACUCAGUUGGUGCCACGAUUUGAACUUCAAGGCAUCUCUAGGUUUAUAAGCUCUAUGCUCGAAAUGAACAUUGUCGUUUUAAACCAUAGAGGGGGAAGGGGAGUUCAGACGAUCCGAGCAAAGAUAGGAGAGGGGGACACAAGCUGAUGUUGACAGUUGGAAAAUGCACGUGGUGGAAAACUCCUAUAAAUCAUCAUGCACGUAUUGACGAUGCUGAUCGCUUAAAUCAUGAUAUUGCAAUAAACAUUACCAUUCCCCGAGUUACGAUCGGAAUAGUAUUGACGCUUUGUCGGUGUACUUGGGUUAUUAAGGCGCUGAAGUGUCGCUUUCAACAUGGCGGUACCGUUCGUGCAGUCACCCCGUACGUUUCUCUGCUUAUCAUGACGACGCUGGAUCAUCCCGACUGCGCGCAAUCACUUCGCAUUCCCGGCUUAACGGCUCUCGGAAUUUCGCACGAACGACGCCCGUGAACAUCUGAUAAGCAAGUGAGGUUAUAUGUGACAUUUCGCAAUACAUUUGUCGAGAACAAUCGAGGCACAAGGCAUCGCUCACGACCAGUUGACCUUCCGUUGCAAAGCGUGGACUUUACAAAGCUGCGUCCCAAAACCAGGACUGAUAUCGUGUUGCCUGCCUUGAUAUUCAUAGUUGGUUUCCAUCGAGUUAGAAAAAAGAGAAGAUCUUUUGAGGUCUUGCCCGUCUUGACCCGUGCCGCGGCCCAUCUAACAUAAAUCUUCGCACCGCAACUCUCUUUUCGCAUUGUUUUCCUGCGAAAAAUCUACUUACUGGAGCGUUGCUGCUCUCCAUGGCCUCCUCUGGAUCUUCCAGUGAUUUUAUAUGAUUAAAAGUCACUUGUUGAAGAUACUUUGCACUGGUGAAUGUGCUGUGUGUCAGGCCACCUACAGAUUAUCUCUAAAUAAAUAAAACUACAUGUAGAAUAUUCCUCGCAAUAUUAUGAAUUUACACACACAUACACAUUGAUUGGAGAGUUUUAUUUAAUAUACGAUAAAAUAAUCCAAUUAAUUGCACUUAAGAAUACUUAUAAUAAACUUGCAUAAAACAGGAGUAAUAGAAUAGUUAGAUUAAUUUAUAGAACAAGAAGUUUUGUUAAUGUUUUCAUUGUAGAAAUAAAAGUGUCAGAAGCUAUUUUUAUUAGCUACAAAAGGAUUCAAUUUGUAUAUCAUAUAAAUGGUUAGUAAUUAAUAAAUAGUAAAAUCAAAAAGUGCUGUAAGUAGCUUAGUCUUCUCACUACAUUUAUUUAGUGCAACUUUAAUAAUAGAUUUUAGUCUAUUGUGCCUCCUUGUUUAUCACUGGUUACUUAUCUCUUUGCCAAAGGAGAAGCACAGCCUCUUUUUGAGCUUCUCUAAAUCUUUAAAGUUUAUUAAGACAUAGAGAUAUUUACGAUCUGACAGUAAAUGUAUCAAUUAGUAUUAUUAUAACUUGCCAAAAUUUUGUAAAUAAAUAUUUAGGUAAAAUAAAUAAAAGGAGAAAGAAAGAAAACGAUAGAUACAAUAGCUUGCAAGAGACUGAUACGAAACGAAACAAUUAUUCAAGUUGUAUGUUAUUGACAUACAAUUAUUUCCUCUGUAUUUGGCAUAAAUAACUUACAUCUAAUAUUGUUUUUUGCUAAAAUAUAUAUAUAAAUUUUUCCUAUUCGGUAAUAAUACUCCGUGUUCUUUGCAAGUUGCCUGAAAGUUGUAAAGUCUAUUAAACCUUUAAUUAGAAUAAUGGCUGAGACACUAAGAACAGCUGUAUACGGAAGACAGCCUCCGUGCGCCAGUAAUAGCAGAUUGGUGGAGCGGCGGACUAAGAGAGUGGCGUUGCGACACGAGAGAAAUCGGAAACCGGACAAGCCGGACGAUUUUGUGUGUUAUGAGUCGAGUGAUGACGAAACCGAGACGGUUAUCGAGGGCAAACAAUUUCUGAGGACGUCGUUUAACUUUGUGGAUUAUGUGCGCGCGCGAGAAACGAAUACGCAUGAAGUGCGAAAGAUAAAUCAAGAAUAUGGCUCCCGGCAUAUAUUGACGCACGAUCUGUUUAAAGAGUAUUCGGUUAGUCUGAACAACAUGAACAAAGUAUUCUGUUCGCAAUGGUUGAGCGACAGGCAAGUGGUGUUUGGUACAAAAUGCAACAAGCUCAUGGUUUACGAUGUGGCGACGCAGAAGCUAGAUCAGAUCCCGUCUCUUCAUGGAAGACAGCUCAGUCCAGGCGGUAACGUUAUGCCCGAACAGCAAUGCGGCAUUCAUUCCGUUCAAAUCAAUCCCUCGAGAACACUUUUAUCCACCGGAGCGAGAAAUAGUAACGAAAUAGCGAUAUAUAGAUUACCGACUCUGGAUCCGGUUUGUGUCGGCGAGGGCGGCCACAGGGAUUGGGUGUUCGACAUGUGCUGGUUGGACGAUGAGUUUUUAGUAUCGGGCUCUAGAGACACGAAAAUGGCGUUGUGGCGUAUCGACAGUGAUCUCGCUGAAUCUCCGGACAAAGCGGAUGUGCCUACACAUAGGUUGAUUCAGCCUGUCUGUGUAAAAGAAUGCAAGUCCGCUCAGAAAGUACGAGCGCUAGCAUUCAAUAAAGCAUAUAAAGAGAUUGCAGCCCUGACGCUCAAUAGUUUUAUACAUAUCUGGUCGGCCGAAUCAUUCAAGCAGAAAAUAUCCAGAAAACUGCCAGCCUGUCAAGAGAACGUUUGUCUCGCCGUACAAGACGAUGGUGUCUACGCAAUUGGAUGCAGAUCUUACACUCUUCUUUUAGACGCACGUACUUUACAACCAAUUAAAAAAAUACCAUCGAGAUACAGCGGUUGCGGUAUUAGAUCAGCAAGUUUUCAAGGGUCCGUUUUAACUAUUGGAACCGGUUUAGGAAUGCUUAUGUUUUAUGAUGUUAGAGCUCAGAAAUAUCUGGAGUCUUCUAUAAACUCUAAUAGAACUGUUGUAUUAAAAGCUUCGAAAGGAUACGUGUUUCCAGAUGAAGAAUACAUAGACGGUUUCCAGAAUGUGAAGUACACCCCCGCUAUUUAUACACAUUGUUACGACGCAUCAGGUACCAGGCUAUUUACGGCGGGCGGCCCAUUGCCCGCGAAUUUGUAUGGCAACUAUGCAGGAUUAUGGCAAUGAAGGUUUAAGGUUAAGUGAAUGAACUUAGUAAUUGCUAAAUUAAACGAUUAGAAUAUAAGUUGUAUGUGUGUCAUGAAAGGUCUGAUGCCUGUUUAGGUAGUCUGUUUAUUUGAGAAUUUGGCUAUGUGUGUAUGUUUAACAUUUUUCAUUAAUUUAAUGAUUCUGGUCUCGACAAGACGAUAAAUUUGUCAAAUUUGUCAAAAAUUUCUUGAAUUAUUUUGACAAAUUAUUUUGACUUGUUGAGUUCUUUCUCUUUUUAUAAAUGAUUAAUCAUACAUCAAAAUGUGCUAGAAGCAAUAAUUUAUUAUGUUACAGUAAUUUCAUAUUGUAUAUUGAGUGAUGUAGAAGUCUUUUUUCUUUUUUUUUCUUCUGUAGCAUAUCUUUUUAAUUUCAAUAAUAUAUGACAAUUCGA